AUGCAACGUUCCAUCUUCGCGAGGUUCGGCAACUCUUCUGCCACGGUUUCCGCUCUCAGUAGGCUGUCUCCCACAGCCGCACCAUAUGCGAAAAACGGUUAUGCCACCACCACCGGUGCUGGCGCCGCUACUGCCACUGCCUCAGCUUCAUCUACGAACGCAGCAGCUGCCGCUGCUGCCGCCGCUAACCACUCCACCCAGGACUCGGGCUUCGAUUACGAAGGCAUGAUUGAUUCUGAACUGCAGAAGAAAAGACUAGACAAGUCAUACAGAUAUUUUAACAACAUUAAUCGUCUGGCCAAGGAGUUUCCUUUAGCUCACCGUCAGACUGAAGCCGACAAGGUCACCGUUUGGUGUUCUAACGAUUACCUGGCGUUGUCUAAGCACCCAGAAGUGUUGGACGCCAUGCAUAAAACCAUCGACAAGUACGGUUGUGGUGCUGGUGGUACAAGAAACAUUGCUGGUCACAACAUCCCCACUUUGAACUUGGAGGCGGAAUUGGCUACUUUGCACAAGAAGGAAGGUGCUUUGGCCUUCUCGUCCUGUUACGUGGCCAACGACGCCGUCUUGUCCUUAUUGGGCCAAAAGAUGAAGGACCUGGUGAUUUUUUCCGAUGAACUAAACCAUGCCUCCAUGAUCGUCGGUAUCAAGCAUGCCAAUGUUAAGAAACAUAUUUUCAAACACAACGACUUGAACGAAUUGGAGAGGUUGCUACAGUCGUAUCCUAAGUCCACUCCGAAACUAAUUGCAUUCGAAUCCGUGUACUCUAUGGCCGGUUCAGUUGCCGACGUAGAAAAAAUUUGUGAUUUGGCUGAUAAAUACGGUGCUCUAACCUUUUUGGAUGAAGUUCACGCCGUCGGCCUAUAUGGUCCUCAUGGUGCAGGUGUUGCUGAGCAUUGUGAUUUUGAAAGUCACCGCGCAAGCGGUAUUGCUACCCCAAAGACCAACGACAAAGGCGGUGCAAAAACCGUGAUGGACCGUGUCGACAUGAUCACCGGUACCUUGGGUAAGUCAUUUGGUAGUGUGGGUGGCUAUGUAGCUGCCUCUAGAAAACUAAUCGAUUGGUUCAGAUCAUUUGCACCUGGUUUUAUUUUCACCACCACUUUGCCACCUUCUGUCAUGGCUGGUGCUACAGCCGCUAUCAGGUACCAACGUUGCCAUAUAGAUCUAAGAACCGCCCAACAAAGGCACACCAUGUACGUAAAGAAGGCCUUCCAUGACCUGGGCAUCCCUGUGAUUCCAAAUCCUUCCCACAUUGUCCCAGUGUUGAUUGGUAAUGCCGAUUUAGCAAAGCAAGCUUCUGAUAUCUUAAUCAACAAGCACCAAAUUUACGUACAAGCCAUCAACUUCCCUACCGUCGCCCGUGGUACGGAAAGAUUGAGAAUUACCCCAACGCCAGGCCACACGAACGACCUAUCUGAUAUUCUAAUUAGCGCCGUAGACGACGUGUUCAAUGAACUACAAUUGCCACGUGUCAGAGACUGGGAAAACCAAGGCGGUCUGUUGGGUGUUGGCGAAGCCGGAUUCGUGGAAGAACCCAACUUAUGGACAUCGAAGCAAUUAUCUUUGACUAAUGACGACUUGAACCCUAAUGUAAGAGACCCAAUUAUCAAACAACUCGAGGUGUCCAGUGGUAUUCAACAUUGA